GGCGCUGCUUGCAGACCGCCUGCCGAGCCGGAGCUCCCCCGGGGGUCCCUUUCCGCCGGGCGGCUGUCAGACGUCACCCGCCGCACAUGGGGCUGCCGGCGGCGCUGCGCGACCCUCUCUGUGUGCCUCGGCCGGGAGGGGGGGGGCUGCCCGCUGGGGGCUGGCUGGGCCAGGGAUGGUGCCCGGGCGCUCUCCAGUCCCUGCCCGGGAGGCUGGCACCCCGAUCGCCGCCAGGGCCGGGGAGGCGCCGCCAGCCCUGCGAGGGAGGCUGGCCGGGGCGCGGAGCGGAGCGGCCGGGCUUCCUCUCUCUCUCUCUCUCUCUCCCUGUCGCGCUUUCUCUGGGCGCCGCCCCGAGGAGGUCCGGCCAGGCCUGGCCUCGCCCCCUGGCAAAGGGGCGGCCGGCCGGGGAGGCUGUUGGACGGUGCCGCUCCCCGCCGCCGGCCCGGAUGGACCCCCCGCUGAAGGCCGGGCUGCUCCUCCUACAGCAGCCGUCGGGGCUGCGCCUGGGCGCCAAGCGCUGGAAGAAGGGCUGGUUUGUGCUGUAUCCAGCCAGUCUGCACGGCGUGGCUCGCUUGGAGUUCUUCGAUGGCAAGGAGGGGGCCGCGGCAGCCGACAAGGUCAGCACCAAGCGCCUGGACAAGAAGAUCGUGCGGCUGGCAGACUGCGUGAGCGUGGCCCCCGUCCCAGACUGCGUCCCCAAAGAGGGCCUGGCGGCCUUCCGCCUGGAGACCAGCGAGCGGACCUACCUCUUUGCUGCUGAGCCGCAGGAAACGGCCGAGUGGGUGACCAGGCUCUGUGAAGCAGCGUUUCUGAAUGGCCAUGGCAAAGGAGCAGCACUUCCAACUGAGCCAGGUGGACAGUGCCCCAUGGAAAUGGCCACCAACUCCAUUUAUUACUCCCGAGAUGAAGCCAGCACGUUCUGGGUGACGGUGCAGAAGACGGAGGGGGCCGAGCGCUGCCAGCUGCACGGGGCGUACGUGCUGAAGGCCUCCCAGGACGGCCUCGUUCUCCAAGACCCGCACUCGCACCAGCCGCUCUACACGUGGCCCUACCGGCUCCUGCGCAGAUAUGGCCGGGACAAGGUGAUGUUCUCCUUCGAAGCCGGCCGACGCUGCGAAUCUGGCCCUGGCAACUUCACCUUUGAGACCAGGCAGGGGAACGAGAUCUUCCGCGUGGUGGAGGCAGCCAUCCAGGAGCAGAAAGCCCAGGCGGAGGAGAACCGGCAGAGUGGCAGCUCCCUGGACUCAGAAGCCUCCGGCGGCGUGGCCCACAUCCAGACCACCAUCGCCAGCAUGCUCCUCCUGGAGAGCGAGGGGCCUCCUGAAAGGCCGCGGGGGCCGAGAGCCGCACCGGGCACCACACUCAGCGUGGCCGCAGAAGAGAAGGAAGCAGCCACGGCCACGCCCAAGGAGCAGAGCCUGCGAGACCCUCAGCCCCCGUGGCCCAGCACCCCACCGCGGUCCCCGCUCUUGGGCCUGGCAGGUUACCCCCUGCCCUCCGAGGACCCCGGCACUGUCUACUCUGAGCCCCUGGAUGCCGUCAAGAACUCCCGGCACGGGCCGGACCCUCUCUAUGCCGACCCCCUCGACAGCAGGCUUGAAGGUGGGGGGGAGCCCGAAGAGGCCGAGCCAAGACGGACUGGCGCCGUGUAUGAGCAGGUGGGGCCGCUGCUCACCAUCUGCCAGGGCCGGCAGGGGGCUGGAGGGCACAUCUAUGACGAGCCGGAGGGGCGGGCCCCCAGGCCCACCCCCACUCUUGCUUCUGCACCCAUCUACGACGAGGCCCACCCCCCUUGCGAGGCCUGGCGGACUCAGGGCCUGAACAGCUCAGCAGGCUACGAGCUUCCUUACUGGCCCCAUGCUGGAGACUACGCCGUUCCCGCCUUCCCCCAGAAACAGGGGGGCAAGCCCUUCAAGCCCUCCCCGGUCCCAAAACCCCCCCGGGUGCAUAAGAAAGCCCCCCUAAAGCCCGAGUGGGCCAAGCUGAAAAACGGCUCCAGCAGCAGCCGCAGCAACACCAACAACAACAACCACCACCCGGAGAGCGGGGAGCCUGUCUACAGUCGGGUGCAGAAGCCGCUGGGUGCCGGUCGUGGCCCUGCGGGGGGGCAAGAGCAGUCGGUGGAUGACAGUCGCCCGGCCUCUGUGUACGAGGACCUGGGGGUGAUCUGAGUGCCCGGCUGCUGCCCUGCCUGAGCGCUGUGCCCCGGCAAGGCCCCCUCCAGCAGGCUUUGGGGCCGCUCCUGUGCCCAGCGGGUGUUCAGCUUGCUUUGCCGUCCAGUGAGAGCUGCCGGCCUCCAAGUGGGGGCUGCCACCCUCUGGAAACGACCCCCCCACCUGUGCUACAGUUCCCGGGGGGGGGGGGGCUUCUUUGGCCCUGCCUUCCUGGCUGAGCUCCCUCUGCUCCCCACACGCCACCAUCUCCAGGGACUUCCUGGCCCAGAGUUGGCACCUGCUGAGUCUGUAGGUGGGAUUUUAUCUAACGUGCAGCAGCUGCUGGAAGUGCUUUGGAAAAUAUUUUUCUAUACAUUUUGGUUUUUCUA